AUGGGGAGGGUAAAGCUAAAGAUAAAGAGGUUGGAGAACACAAAUGGACGCCAAGCAACCUAUGCCAAAAGAAAGAAUGGAAUAAUGAAGAAAGCUAGUGAAUUAUCUAUAUUAUGUGAUAUAGAUAUUAUACUUCUAAUGUUUUCUCCAGGUGGAAAACCUUCAUUAUGCACAGGGAGGCGCAGUAACUUUGAGGAGGUGAUUGCAAAGUUUGCUCAACUAACCUCACAAGAAAGGGCAAAGAGGAAAUUGGAGAGUCUUGAAGCACUAAAGAAAACAUUUAAGAAGUUAGAUCAUGAUGUGAAUAUACAAGACUUUUAUGGUACAAGUAGUCAAACUGUUGAGGAUUUGAGUGAUCAAGCCAAGCAUUUACAUAAGCGUAUCUCCGAAAUUCAUGAGAGAUUAAGCAAUUGGUCUGACAUUGAAAAAAUUAGUAGUGUGGAUAAACUGGGACAGUUGGAAAAUUCACUCAAGGAGUCUCUUAAUCAAAUUCAAACUCAUAAGGAAAAUGUACAAAAGCAACAACUGGCAUCAUUGCAAUGCAAUAAUCAGUUCAAUGAAUUGCAGCUUCCCUACAAAAUGAGUCAUCAACAACAUCUUCAAUCUCUGUCUUGGAUGGUUAAUGGUGACAGCCAGAAUUUAGUAUUACCUGAAGACUCAAACUUGCUUCUCCACAAAGAUGUAGAGGGUUCAACAAGCUCAUCAUUUGGAAGCUAUGCAAGUUAUCUUGGCUCAAGCACCAAAACAAACAUGUCCAAUUCUGGUCAAGAAAGCUGUAUCAUUAAUGACAUGAGCAAUACUACUACUGCACCAGUGAGACUACAACAAUUUAAUGGACAAGUUCCAUACAUACCAAACAAUUUCAACAUUAUGAAUGAUAUGAAGCUCCAACCAGUUACAGGGAUGAAUAAUCCACAUGAAAAUCAAGUAGAUAAUUAUCAUGUCAAUGCAAAUUUUGAAGCACCUAGACAAGGGUUUGAUCAGUCUAAUAAUCAUCAUGGUUGGACUUCUAAUUCAGGUCCUUGUGCUGUUAAUAUCUUUGAUGAACAUUUGUAUCCUCAAGGAAAUUUUCCACAAGUGCAUUUUGGAUUCACAUAGUAGCACUCUUUUUUUAUCUUCCUUGUUUUGGUAUUCCUUCAUGAUUUCCUUUUACAUUGUUGCACCUUUUUUGGUAGCAUAUUAGAAUUGUAAGUAACUUAUAACACACAUAAAAAUAUUGUAAUGUCCCAAUUUUAAAAAAUUAGUCUGCAUUCACCUUUUUGAAUGUACUAGCUAACUUCCUUUUGUUGUGUGCA